GUCAGCGUGCUGCAGCAGAGGCACACAGUGGAUGCAGAGAAGUUACCGCUUACUGGAGGAGGACGACAGAAAAGUUUCUCAAGUUUUAUUCUGAGUCCUUUUUGCAGGCGAGACGUCCGAGAGAAAUACAUUGGUUUGGGCAGUUUGCGCGCAGCUGGAGCAGACUCUGCAAACACUGGUGAAGGACACGUUUCUGGAGUCCUGACAUGGAUGUAACUAUCACUUUGAACUUCAUAAGGGAAUACUGAGAGGAAUUUGGAUACCUGGACACUCGGCUUCUCUUCGAUACAGCGGAGCAACAGAUGAAUGUUUAAAAAGAAGGAGCCAAAAUGAAGACAGCUGCCAAGGGUUUUGGGAAGUCUAUAAUGGACCCUUCAGGUUGGUGGAACAGAAGAAUAGCGCUAAUGGUGUAUGUGGUCUUGGAGCUUGUAACGGUCCAUUCAUCCGUCGUCCUCGGGACUCUUGAGCUGCAGCUGGAUGAGGAACAGCCAGCAGGCACCAUUGUGGGUGACAUUAGUGCCGGACUUCCCCCUGGCGUCACUGCAUCCCUGUUCUUCAUCUCAGACCAUGAAGGCACAGGUGUGGGCACUGAUUUGGACAUAGAUGAGAGCACAGGGAUUAUUAAAACUGCUAAGGUUCUGGACAGGGAACUUCGGGAUAGGUACAAUUUCAUCGCAGUUACCAUGACGGGUGUGACAGUGGAGGUGACUAUCAAGGUGAAUGACAUAAAUGACCAUGCUCCGGCGUUCCCCAAAAAACGGGCCACCUUUAAAAUCCCUGAGCAGACAGCCAUCGGCACCAGGUUUCCUCUCGACCCAGCUGUUGAUGCAGAUAAAGGCCAGCUCACCACACAGGGUUAUCUCAUCAAGGAUGGAAAUGUUGGCCAGGCUUUCACCUUGGAGACAAGGAGGGGAAGCAAUGAGGUCCUCUAUCUGGACUUGGUGGUCAAUGCCAUUCUAGACAGAGAGAAAAGAUCCACCUAUACUUUAUCUCUGGAGGCCUUUGAUGGUGGUUCUCCCAAGAGGACUGAUCAGAUAACUUUAGAUAUUACAGUACAAGACAUCAAUGACAACGCUCCUGUUUUUAACCAGAGCCGCUACCAUGCUAUAAUAUCUGAAAACCUCCACCCAGGAAGCAACAUCCUGCAGGUGUUUGCCACAGAUGCCGAUGAUGGAGACAAUGGAAUGGUUUUGUAUGAAAUCAACCGCAGACAAAGCGAUCCAGACCACUACUUUGUCAUCGACUCCCGUACAGGCGUGAUUACACUCAAUAAGCCGCUUGACUUUGAGAUGAGGCGAGUCCACGAGCUGGUGGUCCAGGCUCAGGACAACGCAACUCAACCAGAGGUGACGAAUGCCUUCGUUACGAUCCAUGUGAGAGACUACAAUGACAACCAGCCCACCAUGACUAUCAUCUUCCUCAGUGAGGAUGGAUCUCCAAGGAUCUCUGAAGGCGCACAGCCAGGCCAGUAUGUUGCCAGGAUUUCAGUCACCGAUCCAGACUACGGCGAGUAUGCAAAUGUCAAUGUGUCACUAGAGGGUGGAGAUGGAAAAUUCGCCCUGACCACCAAGGAUAGCAUCAUAUAUCUGAUCUGUGUGGACCAGAUACUCGACCGGGAGGAGAGAGACACCUACGAGCUGAGGGUGAUGGCAACAGACUCGGGCACGCCUCCUCUCAGAGCCGAGUCAUCCUUUGUAAUCCAGGUGACUGACGUCAAUGACAACCCUCCUCUGUUUGACCAGCCAGUGUACAGGCAGGUCAUCCCUGAGGUGGUGUUUCCAGGGAGCUUUGUGUUACAGGUGACGGCUCGAGACAAAGACCAGGGACCCAAUGGGGACAUUAACUACAGCAUCCUGCAAGACCAAGGUGCGUACUCGGACUGGUUCAGUAUAGACUCAGUAACUGGGAUUAUCACCACUCUCACACAGCUGGAUUAUGAAAAGAACCCUAAUCCCAGUAUAACUGUGGUGGCGACUGAUGGAGGGAAACCACCGCUCUCCUCCACUGCUGUGGUAAACAUUGUACUUCAGGAUAUUAACGACAACGAGCCUGUUUUUGAGAGAAACUUCUACAACGUGUCCAUCAUGGAGAACACAGCUCUUGGGACCUGCAUCCUUGAGGUGACUGCGACUGACUCUGAUGGAGGCUCCUUUGGCUCGGUCACCUACUCCCUCGGUUCUGGCAUUAACAGCGCAGUUCCUGCUCAGUUCACCAUCAGCAAAGAGACCGGUCAGAUCUGCACCAAUGCUGCAUUAGACAGAGAUGAAGGGCCGGCCAGCUACGACUUCACCGUAACUGCAGUGGAUGGGGGUGGACUGAGCUCAGUAGCCUAUGUGAGGGUAGAUCUAGUAGACAUAAAUGACAACAGGCCUGCCUUCUACCCCGUCAGCUAUGCUGUCAGUUUGAGCACGCAGAGCGCCCCCGGGACGUCUGUGGUCAGGGUGACAGCUUAUGACCUGGACUCGGGCGAGAAUGGCAAAGUCUCAUACAAAACAAUACCUGGAGGGGGCUCGCCGUACUUCACUCUCAACAGAGACACAGGUGUGAUCUCGCUGUCUCGAUCCGUCUAUGGGAAGGCCAACUCUGUCAUUCCGAUGAUAAUCUCCGCUCAAGAUGGUGGAGGUCUGACCGCCCUCAUCAAUGCCAGAGUCAACAUUAGCGUGGUGGCGGGGCUGGUGGCACCACCUGUCUUUGAACAGGCUCAGUACUACUUUACUGUGUCAGAGGACGCCCUGCAGGGGACGAGUGUAGGCAUCGUCCAGGCCAGCAGCAAGACAGGUACCCCUAGAGAUAUAUCCUACACAAUCAGCUCCGGGGACCCUGCAGGAUACUUUACAGUGGAUCCUGACACCGGAGCCCUAAGGACCAGUCUGCCUUUGGAUCACGAAGCCCAGUCAGCUCUUGAUUUAGAGGUGCAGGCCCGCAGUGGAAAUCCCCCUGCCUUCGGUCAGACUCGUGUCCACAUUACCAUCGCAGACAUCAAUGAUAACCCGCCUGUUUUCCUGCCUUCAUCCUCUGAGUCUUUACUGCUGCCAGAGUACACAGAAAUGGGCACAGUGGUGUACCGGGUCCAAGCUGAGGACAGAGACUCUGGCGUGAAUGGACAGCUGAGUUAUGAUCUGUUGUCACUUAGUGGAGUUCAGAGGACCUUUAGCAUUGAGCGCAGCAGUGGAGAGAUCCGAUUGGUCGGGAGCCUUAACUAUGAGACCACUCCUCGCUAUGACCUCCAGGUGAUUGCAAAAGACAGUGGGGUACCGCAGCUAAGUGCUACCUUUGUACUUGUGGUUCACGUUCAGGCUGAGAAUGACCAGGGACCUUUGUUUGAUACGCUCACCUACCGUGUGGAAAUCAAAGAAGGGACCCCGAUAAACACUCGCUUCCUGCAGGUCAGAGCUUUGAACAGAGAAACCCCCAGCUCUGGAUACACUAGCCCUCUGGCAUAUCACCUGCGCCCAGAUGGAGAUGCAGCAGGGUUUGGCAUCGCUGCAGACAGCGGCUGGCUGUUUGUGAAGAGUGCCCUGGACAGAGAAGUCAAAGACAUGUAUCUUCUAACAGUGAUGGCUAGCCAGGGUCACGGACAGUUAAAGAAGACAGGCAGCGCCACGGUGAGAGUUUCCGUUACUGAUGAGAACGACAACUCUCCUCGUCUCGCACAGGAGCGGGUCUUCAUGGCUGUGAGAGAAAACCUUCCUGCGGGGACAGGCUUUGGCCACGUGACAGCCUCAGACCGAGACAGCGGCUCCAACGGACGCCUCAGCUACCGCCUGCUGCAUGCUGACCGCCACUUUCAGAUCAACUCCCACACAGGUGAGAUCAGUACAAGGACUUCUCUGGACCGAGAGCAGCAGUCGAGUUACCAGCUGGUGGUGGUGGUUCAAGACGGAGGUUCGCCCCCUCGUAGCGCUACGGGCACCGCCUUCAUCACUGUACUGGAUGACAAUGAUAACGAUCCCACUUUCACCCAUAGCCAGUCAGGCAAGAACCUCAUCAUACAGGUGACAGAAGGUCAGUCCUCUGGGGUGUUACUGGGAAGCCUGCAGGCCAAAGACCCAGACGAAGGAGAGAAUGGCACCGUCUUUUACUCUUUGUCAGGUCCCCGGGCUGAGCGAUUCUCUUUGAACCCAAACACUGGGGAGCUUCGUUCAUCAUCCCCUCUCAUCCACUCGGAGCGGGCUGACUACACCCUGACGGUGACAGCCACUGACAGGGGCCUACCCUCUCGCAGCACCUCCUGCUCCCUCACCAUUCAGGUUCUCAGCACCAGCAAACCUUCUACCAAGACCAACUCCCUUUCUAUGGCCUUUAAUUCUGUGGAGGAGGCAAAGCCGGGCUCAGUUCUUGGUUCGGUCCGCCUCCGUGACAGAGAGCCAUCAGAGGAAGGGGAGGUGACCUACGUGGUGGUGGGGGGCACGGACAAAGACGGGACCUUUGUCGUGGACCGUCUGACUGGAGACGUGUACCUGGCUCGUCCUUUAGACUAUGAACGAGACGAGCGCUACACCCUGCAGAUUGAAGUAGAUGACUUCUCACAGAAUCCUCCCAGCAGCACCUUGGUCCACCUGGACAUUGACGUAGAGGAUAGCAACGACCACUCCCCUCAGUUCCCAGAGGACCCCAUCACCAUCGUGGUCUCAGAGAGCAUGGCUUCCGGCUCGUCCGUCUACACUUUCCAGGCCACAGAUAAAGACGGCAGCGGGCCAAACAGCGAGUUGAGGUAUUCCAUUCUCCACCAGUGGCCAGACACCCCAGGUCUUCUGGCCCUGGACCCCUCGACUGGGGUUCUAUCACUGAGCCAGGAGCUGGACUAUGAGGUCACCUCGAACCUGAUACUGGUUGUCAGGGCAACAGACUCCGCCGAAGAUGUCAGACAGAGGCGCUGGGGUUCUGUCACAGCGAGGGUGUAUGUUACAGAUGAGAACGACAACCCACCCGUGUUCAGCUCGCCAACGGCUGUCAGUGUGAUGGAGGACCAGCCGGUGGGCUUCGUGGUGCUCUAUGUCAUGGCCAGAGACGCGGACCAGGGCGAGAACGGCAGAGUGACCUACAGUAUCCAGUCAGGAAACACCAGAGGAACGUUUAACCUCAACCCUAACACCGGCUCUCUGUCUAUUUUCAAACCUCUGGACCGUGAGGAGCAGGACAUCUUUAACCUCACAAUAGUCACCGAGGAUCAUGGGAUACCAGCAUACUCGUCCAGCCAGCUGUUGUGUGUCCAUGUGAUUGAUGUUAACGAUGAGGUGCCCUGGUUUGAGGAGAGCCAGUAUGAAGCCCAGAUUUCAGAGAACGAGGCUCCAGGAACUAGUGUACUGACAGUGUUUGCCUCUGAUCUGGACCAAGGAACCAAUGGACAGGUGACAUACAGUGGGAUCUCAGGAGAGGAUUUCACCAUAGAGCCAGUUACAGGUGUAAUAACAGCCACUAAGUCGCUCGACAGGGAGGUACAGGAGUACUACACUCUCACAGUUUAUGCUAAAGAUGGAGGCCUCCCCCCUAAUUAUGCCAAAGCCACAGUGAGGAUCAGAGUUCUUGAUGAGAAUGACAACAUCCCUCGCUUUGGACGUCUCUACUACAGCAUCGAGGUGCCUGAAAACCUGGAGGCUUUGCCUCUGUUCACACUGAGAGCCACUGACAAGGACAUAGGUGACAGUGGGAAGAUUAACUACAAAAUUACUGGUGGAGAUCCAUCUGGAGACUUCAGCCUGGACAGACAGUCAGGUGUUCUCUACACUUCAAGGCCUCUGGAUCGAGAGAGGAAGGAGGGGUACAAGCUAACAGUCACAGCUCAGGACCGGGGCAGCCCUCCCCUCAGCAGUACGGCUACAGUGGAAGUUACUGUUCUAGACAUGAAUGAUAACAGCCCUCAGUUUCAAAGCAGCAGCUACACUGCAGACAUUUCUGAAGAUGUUCCUAUUGGCUCACUGGUUCUGGAGGUUAAAGCCAUUGAUCUGGACCAGGGCCCAAACAGCCAGGUUCUGUACUAUCUGAGCAGUGGCUCCCGCAGCAUGUUCAUCAUAGAGCAGAACACAGGCCGCAUCAUCACCGCGGCUCCUCUGGACAGAGAGAGAACCGCUUCUUACACCUUUGAGGUGUACGCCACUGACUCCUCCCCUGUGAACCCACUAAACUCUACUGCUCAGGUGACCAUCUACAUUCAGGAUGUGAACGAUAACGCCCCAUUCUUCAUCCAGGACCCCCUUAUUGUGAACAUCUCGGCCAGUAGUGUGUCCAGCCACAGAGUGUUGGCCACCAUGAGAGCAGAGGACAAAGACUUUGGAGCUAAUGGCUCUGUGUUUUACCGUUUUGCCAACCCUGUGAGGGGCUUCACCAUAAACUCGCUGACAGGAGACAUCCAGGCCACAGAGAAGCUGCAGACUCUGACUCAAAGCCAGAGGACUUUGAUAGUUCAGGCCAUGGACCAGGGCAACCCGGCUCAGUCGUCUCUGGGGGUGGUUAUCAUUUAUAUCAGGGAGCAGAGCUACAGUGGGAUUCGCUUCCCUCGUAUGGCCCGAGAUGUCAGUCUGCAGGAGAAUGCCGCUAAAGGCACAGUGGUGACACAGACUCAGGCCCAGUACCCUGAUGGCUCUCAGACUGGUAUCAGCUACAGUAUUUUCAGUGGAAACAGAAUCCAAUCUUUUGGUAUAAACGCCAUUACUGGGGAAAUUUGGGUCCAGAAGUCAGAGGGACUAGACUUUGAGGAGACCCCCAAACUCCGACUUGUGGUGAAAGCUGAGACAGCGUCCUCCAGCACGUACAUGGCUGUCAACUUAAUCCUGCAGGAUGUCAAUGAUAACUUGCCUCGAUUCCAACUUCAGAACUACGUAGCCUACAUUAGAGAGGCACAGGGCUACGAUUUCCCCAUUAUCCAGGUUGCUGCAGAUGACCUGGACCAGGGUCAAAACGGUCAGGUAACCUACUCCAUCAGGUCUUCAUCCAUGAGUGGUUUGUUUAAGAUAGACCCGCUGACUGGCAGCAUCACUACUGCAGCCAUAAUGGACAGAGAGAUCUGGACUCAAACAAAGCUUGUUGUUACGGCAACAGACCGGGGAACCCCGCGGCUUGCUGGCUCUGCAACUCUGACUGUCAUCAUCAUUGACCUCAACGACAACAGUCCCAUGAUUCCUCUACCCCGAGAGAUCAGAGUGCCUGAGGAUACUCUGGUCGGCACAGUGAUCACACAGGUGACAGGAAAUGAUGUGGACUCUGGGCCAGCCCUUUCUUAUACUCUACACCUGGAGAGCAACAGCCAGGGCAUGUUUGGGAUUCAUCGUUUUGGAGGCGGGGUGUCUCUGACUGGCCCUCUGGACUAUGAGGAGAGGACUUGGUACACUUUGACUGUGAGAUCAUCAGACUCCAAACAUCAGAGUGAGGCUAACCUCACCAUUCUGGUAGAGGAUGUGAACGAUAAUGCCCCCAUCUUUACUCAAGACUUGUAUCAGGUGACUGUAUCAGAGCACCUCCCAGCAGGCAGCGCUGUCGUCACCGUAACAGCCACUGACUCUGACUUUGGGGAUAACGGGAGGAUUACCUACAGAGUAAUGUCAUCAACAAAAGGAGCCUUCUACAUUGACCCAAGCAAUGGCACUUUGUUCACCAGCCAAAAAACUGAGUUUGAUUUUGAGAAUCCCUCCAUCCUGGUGCUAAUUGAGGCGCGGGAUCAAGGCACUCCUCCACUUUCAUCCAUUGCCACUGUCCAAGUACAAGUGUCUGAUGUCAACGACAACGCCCCCAUCUUCCACCAAUCCGAAUACAGAGCCACGGUGUCUGAAGACGGACUUCCUGGAUCAACUGUUCUGACCUUAGAAGCUGUGGAUGGAGACUUGUCCCGGGAUAACUGUGGUUUUGAUUUUGCCAUUGCCAGUGGCAACUCUGGUAAUGCCUUCCAGAUUGAGAGCAGCGUGCGCUUCUUGGAGGGGCAGGGCUUCCAGACUGUCGGCAGCCUGAUCCUGGUGGAGCAUCUGGACUUUGAAGCCGUGCCAAGUUAUAACCUGACUGUUGUGGUAUCAGAUCGCGGAAUCCCUCAGCAUAGCUCCAGCGUGCCUAUCCUAAUCAGUGUAAUGGAUGCCAAUGACAACCCUCCAGCUUUCAGCCGGACGGAGUACAGCGUAGUGCUGAGCGAGGGUGCAGCGGCGGGGACAGAGAUCCUGCAUCUGUCUGCUACAGAUCCAGACUCUGCUCCGAAUGGAGAGGUGCAGUAUUCCAUAAGCUCAGGGGAUGAAACAGACCUGUUCCUUGUGGAUCAGUGGACUGGAGCAUUAAGGCUGCAGAGACCUCUAAACAGUGAAAAACAGUCGUCCCAUAUGAUCGUUGUUCAGGCGACUGAUGGUCAAGGGCACUACGCUUUGGCUCCAGUCAGUAUUGAAGUGAAGGACAUCAACGAUAACCGGCCUUUCUUUCCCCUCAAACUAUUAACAGCCAGCAUCAGGGAAAACCAACCCAAGAAUGCCUUAGUCACCAUGUUGCACGCCAUCGACCACGACAGAGGUGUUUACGGACAGUUAAGGUAUUACAUGCUAGACAACUCUAAGGAGGGAAAAGAGGCCUUUGUCAUCAACCAAACGACUGGAGAAAUACGGACUUGCACAACUUUUGACUUUGAAAAAGUCAACUCCUUCAACUUUGUGGCUGUUGCCAUGGAUGCUGGAAACUAUUCUGCUACUGUAACAGUGGAGAUUUAUGUUACAGGAGAGGAUGAAUAUGAUCCUGUUUUCACCUCCCCACAGUUCUCAUUCGAAGUGCCUGAAGGAGCAAAGAAAGGUCAGAUCAUCGGCAAAGUACAAGCCAGAGAUGAGGACGGAGGCGUGGAUGGAAUUGUCCUCUACUCUCUCUCAGACAUCUCGCCUUAUUUUGAAGUCAAUAAAUCAACAGGAGCUAUUUCCUUAAAGAUGGAUAGCUACAGUAGACACACCAGCCGCUCAAAAAGAGAGCUUCGUCUCAUGACCCUGGAAGUGACCGCUCAGAGUCCUUUAGAGACGUCCCGCACUGCAGUAGCUAAAGUUACUGUCGAUGUGACCCAUACGUCUUUUGGCCUCUCCACAGAUAUGAACAUGCUGCUUAUCAGUGUCAUUGCAGUUUCUCUCGGGACAAUAGUCAUACUCAUAAUAAUUGCUGUGGCACUGUUUUUUGUUAAAUUAAGACGACAGGCGAAGGACCAGAAAGGAUGUGGACGAACAGCAGCGUCAGGCACCAUGCUGCACAAGUUUGAAGAAAGUAAAAUAGCAGCCAGUGAGAUGAUUUAUCAUCAGGCCCUUCCUGGAUACGUAGCUGAUCAGAGCAGCACCAGUGGGGGUCCGUACACUCGUGGAGGGUCACUGGAUCCCUCUCACUCCAGCGGGCGUGGCUCAGCAGAGGCAGAAGCAGCAGAAGACGAUGAGAUCAGAAUGAUUAAUGAAUACCCUCGAGUGUCAAGUAUCUCCUCCUCCAUGCAGGAGCGCAUCUCUGCCCGAGGUCCUGACUCUGGGAUCCAGCAGGAUGCAGACCAGCUGUCAGACGUGUCCUGUGAGCCAUCCCUAGACUGGUUCAGAGGGAAAAAACUGGGCAGUGUGAGUAGUACUUUACUGGCUGGCCAGGUGCCAGUCUACAGGGAUGAAGGGGGCGGGUACGUAGGUGUGGGACGAGGACUUAGCAUCUCCCACCCUAAGGAUUAUACUUUCCCAGAGGAUGGAAAGCCAGCUGUGGACGGUUCUCUGACAGCUAUCGUGGCGAGCGACGAGGAGCUGAGGGGUAGCUAUAACUGGGACUAUCUGCUGAACUGGUGCCCCCAGUUCCAACCUUUAGCUAACGUUUUUACUGAAAUAGCACGUUUAAAAGAUGAAACUGCUCCUCCCAAUCCUCGCAGGUCGUUUCAUCACAAAAUAAAGGCUGAGUCAAGAAUCGACCCGCCUCCUCUUAUAACCUCUGUGGCCCACCCUGGGGCUAAAACUGUACCUCCAAAGCCUGCAGUAGGGAGGACUUACCCUAGCUUGGCUUCUUUUCGGAGAUCCCCUCUCAGCGCUGAGGGAUCCAUCUCCUCAGUCGCCAUGUCUCCAAGUUUCUCACCCUCUCUGUCCCCAUUGGCAGCACGAUCUCCCGCCAUCACACCCUUCAAUGUCUCCCAGGGCCCCUCAGCAUCAAUGAUCAGCACAAGUGAGCACCAUUUGGAGCACAGCGAGGAAGCAGAGCUGAGGAUUUAAAUUCUUAAGAGUGACACAAAACUGAAUCAUUGCUUUCCCAGACUUCUUCUACUGUAUGACCACAGAGGCUGCAGACUGAAAUGAGUCAGUGCCAUUCUCUUUUCCUUUUUCUGUGUGAGAGAAUGAGUAAACAAGGUUACAUUUAAAGUCCAAAUAGCAGAAGCUCUGGUGCUCACUGAAGGAAAAAUGAACUACAUGGAUGGCCAAAAUGGACUAAGCCUUUUGUGUAAGUGAAUGUGUGUUUGUGUGUGUGGUAGUGAGAGUGAGUGUAUGCUUAUAUAACUCCUUGUUAUUCUGUUGAUCAGUGUUAAUUUGCACAUUUAAACAGAGAUUCAUACAUGAUGUCAAUAUUUUGUACAAAAGCAUUGUCUAUAUUUUUAUACUUUUAGUGGUUUCUGACAAGAAAUGGCAUUAAAGUGUCAAAGGUUGCUAAAACCUCAGAAUAUAUUUUAUAUUUGUAUAUUUGUUCAUUGUACUGUAUACUUGUUUUACUGUACUGUAAGUUGAUUUAAUCUCUUGUAAUUCUUAACCUCUGUGGUUUGAAAUGAAGCUCAUCAUUAAUGCUUUAUGAAUUGUAAAUAUUUAUAGAGAAAGAGAUGCCCUUGCUUGAACAAAUGAAACAUCAGUCAGAAUAGAGUACUGUGGGAUCUGAUUUUCUACAGUCCCGUGUUUGAUCUCACAUCAAAAGGUGAUCAUGAAUGUGAGAUGACACAAAGUUGUUUAAGUCCUCAACAAACGUCCCCGCUUUCUCUUUAAAGGAAGAUUGAAUCUGACAUCCAGUGAUCGUGUCCUUGAGGUGCCCUGGCUUUAACUCCUCACAGCGAGCCUUAUAGCUUUGGUUUUGAAAAUAAAACACGUGAGGCAGAGCGCUGAACAGCAAUGUGAUAAAUGUAAAACUGUUUGCCCUACCAGCAGCUUAAUCAUUCCCGAGAAUGCAAGCAGGUGUUGGCCAUUUGUCUACUCAUCUAAAGCUCCUUAGUAAAAUGUUCUAGAAACAUUAAGGCUUUAAAUCAGCACUAACAUGACCUGCUGUAGCUUUUUCUCUUAUUUUUGUCUAGAUUUAUUGCCCAGCAGUACAAAAAACUGUAAUGAAUGACCACAUUUGUCUCCUUCUUUGUUAUAGCUCUAAAAAAGCCUGUAUUGAUUAAACGUAACAAUAUCAAAUGUUCUAUAUAAAAGAAAAAGGUGUAUUUUUAUGAAUGUUCACAAACAAGAGAAUGUUUCCAUUCUAGUGACAAUAAAUUUGUCAUGUUCAUGUUCAGCCAUAGUUCAUAAAGAUGCUUUUACACAGAUGCCUAUGUCUUUACAACAUUCAUGAAUGUGUAUUUGUUGCCUUUACAAGAUGAAGUGUCUACAUUUGCAUUAAUAGUUACAUGGUCUGAAUGUAGAUUUACCCCCUUUAAUUAUUUGCAGCAUCUGCAGUAUUGCAGACAUACUGUACUAUCGUAGUAGAGGGAGCUGAGCUGGAUGGCAAAAUUAUCAAUUUACCCGUCAAUCUUCGUUCCAACCCUCACCUAUGGUCAUGAACUCUAGGUAAUGACCGAAAGAAUAAGAUUGUGAGUUCAAGCAUCCGAAAUCAGAUUCAUCUCCUGGCUGUGGCUGUCCUUAGAGAUAGGGUAAGGAGCUUAGACAUCCGGGAUCUCAAAGUAAAGGCCCUGCUCCUUCACCUCUAAAGGAGCCAGUUUAGGUGCCAUGGGCAUCUGCUUCCUGGUCACCUCCCUGUGGAGGACUUCCAGGCUCCUCCAACUGGAAUGAGACCCUGGGAUAGACCCAGGACUCGCUGGAGGGAUUAUAUAUCCCAUCUGGCAUGGAAACACCUCAGAAUCCUCCAGGAUGAACUGGAAAAGGUUGCUGGGAAGAGGAAUGUCUGGGUGGACUUGCUUAGCCUGCUGCCACCACAACCGUCCUGUUAGGCAGAAGAAAAUGGAUGGAUGUUUUCUGUCCAGUUCUAGAGCCCUAAUAAUCCUGUCUAAAGCAACACUAACAUAUUAAAGAUUUUUUUAUUUAUUACAGGUAGACUAUAGGAGCUGAAGGGCUUAGUAAAUUAUUUACAAAUGAGGAUGAAAUUAUGAGCACCUAAGAAAAGUUCAUUUUUUAAAGUAUUUCUGAAGUUCUGCUAAACAGAGCAAGUAAUCUUUAACGCAGUUUUCCUGACAUCCUAGUUUUAUUUUGGAUGCUUACAUUAUUUUACUUUGCAAACAAAACACAAUUAUUUCAUAUGAGCCAAAAACUACCAGGGCCUGAAUUAUUGCCCCCUCUAAUUCAAAUAAUCAAUAGUGUCUCCUUUUUGCUGGAUAAGAGCCUACAGUCUGUUGACGUAGUUUUGAGGAACUGAGGAGCCCCAGCCCAUUCUUCGUUGGCCAAUCUCUCAAGAUCCUCCAGAUUUGAUUUUCAUUGGAUUUGGGUCAUUGUCAUGUUGGAAGACAAAGCGACAUCCCACACCCAGUUCUGCUGUUGACUGCCUGAGGUUCUUUCUAAAUAAUCUUCCCAUAUCCUUCUUUCUUCAUGCUUCCUUCAACCUUAACAAGAUUCUCAAUUCCAGACCCACCGAAGCAUCCCCACGGAGUAAUACUCCCACUGCUGUCUCUCUUCUUCCUCCAAACAUAAGCAAUGUCUCUAUGGCCAAAGAGCUCUAGUUUGGUAUCAUCUAACAAAAGGACUGGCUUCCAGUAUGGAUAAUCUUUCUCCAGGUUGUCCUUAGCAUACUUCAGUCUGACUUAAAGGGGUCUCUACUGCAGAAGUUCUUUCUUGGUCUGCAACCCCUCAGUCCAUUCCCUGUGCAGGGCUCUAGUGAUGGUUUUCUUUGAGACUACAAUUCCUGAUUUUGUUAAGUCCUUCCCUAAUGUCUUGUCAGUCACUCUGGGGUCUUUAGCCACAUCUCUCACUAGUUUUCUUUCCACGGUCUUUGAAAGCUUUCUCUUCCUACCUCUGCCAGGCUUGUUUUGUACUGUGUGGCUCUAGACACUUGGAAAUUGUUACGAGAUAACGUUGUAAACCCUUUUCCUGCUUUGUGAGCAUCAGUAACUCUUUUUAUCAAGCUUGAACUGAUUCAUCUAGUUUUUGCCAUGAUGCUUUCCCCUUGACAACUCAAACCCUUACCGAAGUCUUUAUAUUGGGUGUAAAUUGGAAGAUAACCCUCAGUUUGACCCUGAUUUUACAUCAUUUGAGCAUUACAAAGUUAAAGCACAUCACUGAACAACAGUAGUUUGGGUAAUGGCUCAACAUAUAAGUCAGUUCUAAAGGGGGCUAAUAAUUUUGACCCUGGUAGUUUUUGUUAUUUUUGUGAAAUAAUUUUGUGUCUGUGUCCAAAGUAAAAAGAUGUUAGCAUUAAAAAUAAAACUAGGAUGUUUGGAAGAGCUGUUUAAAAAAUUCCUUGCUUUAUUUAACAGCAUUUGGGGAAAUACUUGGGGAAAAAAGAACUCUUCAUAGGGGACUAAUAAUUUCAUCUCCAUCUGUACAAGGAUGCUAUUUUGACCAUGGCCAAAUGGACAUAAGCACUACCUAUGUGACAAAAUGAAGGUACCUUGUUGUUUGCAUUCUUUUGUACUGAAAAGUAUUAUCUGCCACUUAUUUCAUGUUUGUCCAAGCUGUGCAUUUAAUGGUGCCAUAAAAGAGAAGAUUCUUCCAAAUGUUCGCACUAAUUUU